AUGCCGAAGGUUUUAUUUCAGAAGUACAAAAAGGUGACCAGCACCAUAGACCCACAGCGACAUGCUGCCAAAUUAAAAGAAAUUGACGAUCUUCGUGCAGCCGAGCAGUCGGAAGGGGAGUUUGGAUAUGAACAGGAUUCUGAGGAGCUUUGUGAAGAAGAAAUGGGUACCUAUGAGGAAAGUGAAUUUAGUUUGUCAGAAGGUGAACCAGCCUUGAAUGUCGGAAAAAUCGACUUAUCAUUUCCCGAGACAGCGGACGAGUUCCAGGACAGUCCACAAUGCUAUCCUCCCUCAUACUAUACGUUAUCCCCAAAGGAAAGACUUCUUUUACUCUAUGCAGAGAAUUUUCGCAAGCAGUUUGUAUUAAUCUACCCAAAGCGACGGGCAAUGGUUUUGGCCUUACCUAACGAAUGCAGAGUUCAGAAGUUUGUAUGUACCACGAUUAGACCCACGGCCUUUAUAUACCCUGAGCUCAUAUCAAGUAUAGAGGAAAUUUCAAAGUUUGUUGCUGAUUUUAUUCAAUUUGAACCGCUAGAGGACCAAGUCAAUUUGCCAAAUCGUCUAAUUUCGCCAGACACCUUGUUGCGCAAACGUCGAGGAAAUUCCUUUGAAAUGGCUACUCUUUUGGCCAGUAUGCUUAUUGGAGCGGGUCACCCUGCUCUUGUGGUCUCCGGGGUGGCACGAGAGGAGGUGGUGGUUAAUGAUCAAAUUGGCGUUUCAUAUCCAUUUCCGAUUUUGGAAGUUGAGACAGAAGAUACAAGUCCACCCGUGGAGAAACCUGGGCAAAAGUAUAAAUUACGCGGAUUACCGGAUUUGGAAAGUCAUCUUGAAGAAGAAAUGGCAGAGGUUCACAGGCGAAAGGCAGAGGAAGAGAAACGAAUUGAGGAAGAACUUAUGCGAAAACAAAUGGAGGACCUUGAACUUUUAGCUGUGGAUCGCUAUCAUUAUCGUCGCAGCCAUGCCUGGGUGGUUAUAAUCAAUAAUGCGCCUUGGAGCGUAAAACCCCGAAUUAACUACACAGAUGUGAAUGGUGAUGUUGUAGAGACGGCCCCGACGGGAGUUUUUAUUGAGCCUUCGACAGGAUUUAUAUGUGAAACGGGAUGCAAGCAAUACAUUUUAGUCGAUUCCAUUUGGAACGAGCACAAUUACUAUGUUAAUAAACAAAAAUAUCAAAGAGUCGGCGAGAUACGUUGGGAUCUUCGAGACACCAAUGACUGGGAGCACAUGCUCCCAGGCGAGCCACCUGAGAUGCGCACCUACAAGGUAGCUUCUGAUGAAAAUAUAGCUGGAGAAGACCACGAUAUAAAUGACGAAAAACACUUAGAUGCCAUAUUCACUUGGGUAAAUAGGCUCCAUAUUGGACUGGCAGACUACGAACAACGCUUUCCAAACUCUGAGAAGACGGUUCAAUACAAAGGAGCAAUACAUGAGCGAUAUGCUCCAUACUCCCAACGCGACGGAAAAGUGAUGCAGCUCACGAUUUUCAAUGAUGAUGAUUGCACAGAUCCACGCGUCAGAUAUGAAUACUUUGAGAACCGUUUCGACCUUAUGCGAUACCUAAAAUACACUUAUGCAAUUAAUAAAUAUGAAGAGAUAUUUGGCAAAGGGCGCAACGACAGUUUAAAAUCCAUUGAAUACUUUUCUGACCCCACACUAGAACGCAAAAUGUGCUUCUAUUCGAGCUCCAGAAUGGACUCGUUGGAAUUUUUGAGCGUUAAGCCAGGAGUAACUAUCCUUCACUACAAAGGUCGUUGUGAUAAGUGCUGGUAUAAGGAGUUUGAAUUUAAUAUAACUGGAUCCGUGCUUAAAAAAGUCACAGAGAAAUUUCAUCGUAGGAGUGCCUAUGAUGUUGGGACAAGCGAUAUUGCCACCCGUAUAUUUCUUUUUCAACUUAACAAAAUUAUUUUGAAAUUUCAUUACACUUUCGGAGCACUUACCGCUUCUACAGUGGAAUUUACGAAGCCCCCUAGGCCUGACUAUGGCAAAGAACUAAUAUAUGAUGAGAAACUUACCAAGAUAUACAAGGCAAAUCCGUUAGAUCCCACUCGCACUAAUCUAGAAUUGUACAGAUUAUUACGUGAGCAGCUUCAGAGCGAGGAUCAGAUAAGAAAACAGUUUGAAAAAAUGCAAGAAGAUAUCCUUAACAUUUUUGACUUGCGGAAAUCUGAAAAGGCUGAACCGAAGUUGAAGUUCCGCAUAUUUGAUCCUCUUCGGAAUGGGGCAGCUAGAGCCAUAAGAAUGAUGCAGUUUGCGGAGGAAGAAGAACUUAAGCGAGAGAUAGCCAGUAAGCCAGCCGAUUUUUUGGCUCCUUAUUUAGUACCGUACAAGCACCAGGAGAAGAUGACUUCCGAUCAAGCAUUGUACGCCUAUAAUGCGUGCCUUAAUGAUCUAAAAUCACGCUUUGUGAGUUUGCUCAAUAAUUUACAAAGGAACUAUGAAGAUCUUACAAGUGAAUCAAAGUCUCUCAAUCGGUUCCUAAACAAAUUUGAAAAUCAAUUUGAUAAUUACGAUUACAAGCGCCUUGUUCAACAGUCAAAAGAAUUAGAGCUCAACAAACGCAUGGUCCAACAGCGCUUGACCCUAACUCAUGAAGAAUCGCAAAAAAAAUACGAAGAAGUCAAAAGUGCAUUGCUCAGAGAUCCGAGGCUCAAUAUAAAAAAGAAUGACGGCCAGAAUUCUGAUGAAUCGAAGUAAAAAUUAACAUUUAUUUUAUAUCUUAAAAAUAAGUUUACAAAUUAGUCAUUAGUA